AAAAGCAACAAAGCGCAAGUGCUGUGUCACAUUCUCACUCUCGUUUACCAAGAGCGAGAUAUCUAUUUAGAUCUCUGAAAAACAGAGUUUCAUUUCAAUUCAGUCUUAUUAUUAGGGUUUGCCGAUUGAGAGAGAAAGAGAAAUGGGAGAACGAAAAGGAAUCCCAAUGGCUUUGGGGCUCUUGGCGAUGAUCCUCUUCUUCAUUGCUUCCUCUUCCUCUCACCUCGUUCGCGCUUCCGAUGACGCCGACGACGCGAUCUUCUACGAGUCGUUCGACGAGGAUUUUGAUGGACGGUGGAUUGUAUCCGACAAGGAGGAUUACAAUGGUGUCUGGAAGCAUGCCAAGAGUGAUGGGCAUGAUGAUUAUGGACUUCUUGUUAGUGAACAAGCCAGGAAAUAUGCUAUAGUCAAAGAACUUGCCGAGUCUGUCAGUCUUAAGGAUGGAACAGUUGUUCUUCAGUUUGAGACUCGCCUUCAGAAUGGCCUCGAAUGUGGUGGUGCAUAUAUUAAAUAUCUUCGACCCCAGGAGAGCGGAUGGAAACCAAAGGAAUUUGACAACGAAUCUCCAUAUUCUAUCAUGUUUGGUCCUGAUAAGUGUGGUGCUACAAACAAGGUUCACUUCAUUUUCAAGCAUAAGAACCCAAAGAGUGGGGAGUAUGUUGAGCAUCAUCUCAAGUAUCCCCCUUCUGUCCCAUCGGACAAACUAACUCAUGUGUACACUGCAAUUCUGAAGCCUGAUAAUGAAUUGCAAAUCUUGAUUGAUGGGGAGGAGAAGAAAAAGGCAAAUUUCUUGUCUUCUGAGGACUUUGAGCCUCCUCUUAUACCUUCCAAGACAAUCCCUGAUCCUGAUGAUAAGAAACCUGAGGACUGGGACGAAAGAGCCAAAAUCCCAGACCCAAGUGCUGUGAAGCCAGAUGACUGGGAUGAGGAUGCACCCAUGGAAAUCUUAGAUGAAGAAGCAGAGAAACCUGAAGGAUGGUUGGAUGAUGAGCCAGAGGAAAUUGAUGACCCAGAGGCAACUAAACCAGAAGACUGGGAUGAUGAGGAGGAUGGUGAAUGGGAAGCCCCAAAGAUUGAAAACCCAAAGUGUGAGGCCGCCCCUGGUUGUGGUGAAUGGAAGAGGCCAACGAAGAGGAAUCCAGCUUAUAAGGGAAAGUGGAGUGCUCCUUACAUCGAUAACCCCAGUUACAAGGGCAUAUGGAAGCCUCGCGAGAUUCCAAACCCUGAAUACUUUGAACUCGCAAAACCUGAUUUUGAGCCUAUUGCUGCUAUUGGCAUUGAGAUUUGGACAAUGCAGGAUGGCAUCCUAUUUGACAAUGUUCUGAUAGCUAACGAUGAUAAAGUUGCAGAAUCCUAUCGGGAGACUACAUGGAAGCCCAAGUUUACCGUUGAGAAAGACAAACUGAAGGCUGAAGAGGAGGCGGCAACGGGUUCAGAUGGUAUUUCAGGCUUCCAGAAGAAGGUAUUUGACCUCUUGUACAAGAUUGCAGAUAUUCCCUUCUUGAGCGAGCACAAAUCUAAGAUUUUCGAUCUCAUUGAGAAAGCUGAGAAACAGCCAAAUCUCACAAUUGGAAUUCUUGUAGCUGUUGUGGUUGUCUUCGUGUCAAUUUUCUUCAGACUCAUAUUUGGUGGCAAGAAACCUGCAAAGGUGGAGAAGAAACCAGAACGCACAGAAGCUUCCAAUAACCAAGGUAGUGGAGAGAAUGAAGAAAACAAAGAGAAGGAGAAACAGAAAGAGGAAGCAUCUAAUGCUGCGCGUCGGAGGCCAAGGCGAGAAACUUGAAAUGGUUGAAUCUUUAUUUUAAAGUGGCGCCCUGUUUAGUAUCAUCAUCACCACAGAUAAAUUUUGGGCUUAGUUUCAUUUUAGGUGCACUCUGUUUUCAGUAUUUUCUUUUUUCUUCCUUUUAAGAAAAGGAAAAGAUUAUUUGCUUCAGGGGUGUAGAUCUUCUCCUGUUUUUGGAGACUCGAGUGUUUGAGCUAGUUGAAGUUGUACAAUUAUUUUUCUAUUAAUGGAUUCUGUUUUUAACGCAGAUUAAUGCCUAGCUACCUUUCCAUAA